GAAUUUUUAUUAAAUGAAUUCACGCUACAUCUGCUACAGUUUGAGAGGCAUAGUAAAAAAGUUCGUUUUAGGAAAAUGCGAAAACAAAGUGGAACACCCUUUUGAAAAAUCCUGGAACCGGCACUGGAGCGACAUGGUAUUACUUUGUAAAUCUAUGAUCGUGGAGGAAGCAAAGAAACAGAGCGUAAUUUAUUUCAUUUGAUUUGCGAGGGAGGGUAGUACAAUUAACUUUUUUUUGACUUUUUGGCUCAUUAAUUACUCAACCCGCCCUCCUGAUAAAUAUUUCGCAGCCCCUCAAUUUCUCGGUUUUCCAGUUAUAGACGUUUUGUGCGACUUGAAAACUCUACACAAUGAUUUAAUAUUUUUUUUGAAAUACGAAACGGUUUCGGCAUGAUCCUUAUGUUUAGAAGUUUGGCGACACGAUGAGGUUUAUAUCACUCAAGUUAAUUACUAGUUUGCUUUUACCUUUUGAAUGAAAAACAACUCUUUAAAUAUAGUAUCAAUUAUCAAUCUUAACAAUUAUGUCUCCAAGAUAAUCAUACACAGCACGUUAAAUAAACUGAUUGUAAUUGCAUACGAAAUGCAUKGAUCACGGAAAUCGAGCAGCGGAAAAGCACUUUAAAAUCAAAGAAAGCUGUGUUCGCAASUAGCGAUCAAAAAAAGAAAAGUUUAUUUUCCGUCUUUUUUUUCCUCACAAGCGUUCCUAAAACUCGGGGUGUGGCUUAUCUACGAGAGCGGCUUAUACAUGGGUAAAUACGGUAUAAGCUUUGAUUGAUCGAAAAAGCUUUUAUGCACACAUUAUAAAAGAUAACUUUCAAGAAAAGCUAAAAGAUAUUAAUUUUGUUUUGUUAAGCGGGUUGCUUAUAAUUUUAAUCAUUUCCUAGAGAAUGACUAAGAUAUAAUCACCGUGACAAAGGAGCAACUUUUUGAAUGCCACAAAUAAACAUCACAUCGAUUGCAAAGACUGAUCUUUAUAAAAAGAUUUUCAUUCACUUUGCUUAUUUUAAAAUGAUUUCAUGAAUAUACCAGUUGAAAGAAGUCAAAACCCUUUUGAAAACAAUAGAAAAUGGGUGUGCUUGGUCUGGUUUUUAACCUAUAUUUAUGGUUUGAGGCACAAGUAAAAACCGUUUUGAUGGUCUAUUAAACCAUGGUACUACUUAUAUUCCAAUCCUCUUUUCUUUUCCAGAGAGCUUUCCUAAAGGCUUCAGAGGAUGGCUGCAAGUAUACCAUCAUCAUCAUCUUCAUCAUCAUCAUCGUCCACUGUGGUAAAGAACAAGACCAAUUACACUAGACUGUGCAGACUUAUAGUCGACAUUGGAUCAAGAGUGUUGAGAGGAGUCCUUGAUGCCCAACUUCCCCCACCUGCUGAUCUGCAAAGGCACCUCAACUCACCUGGUAUACACAGUAUACUGAAAACACUAAGAAGUAAAAGAGUUCUGAAUACACAACAAUGGUACAAGCUGUACCCACCAGCACCAGGAGUGCCAUCGUCGACGACCUUCGAUAUAACAUUGCUCUUCCUUCUCCUAAGGAAUACCUGUGGUCUGACUCCACCUACUACAGGAUGGAAUGCUGCCCCUCUACCAGCAGAUAUAAGUAAAGAGGCAGACCUGGUUCGAGUAAAACAAUGUCGAAAUGAGAUCACUGGUCACAGCCCUGUGAUGGAAAUUUCAGAUGUUGAUUUUGGAAACCACUGGGCUGAAAUUGAGGCAACCUUGAUAAGACUUGGAGGAUUGCAGUAUGAACCAGAAAUCCAGCGUCUGAAAAUCGAGUCCAUUGACCCAGAAAAUGAUACCUUUUUGAAUGUUCUUAUUCAAUCAUGGGAAGAAGGUGAGGAUAAAAAAUUGGAUGCCAUUAGAGGAGAAUUCAAUAAACAAGGAAUACUAUAUUCUACGUUAUUCCAAGAAUUCAAAGAAGAAAUAAAGGCUGAAAUUAAAUGUGAGCAACAAGAGUCAUUUUGCACUUUGCCUCAAAAGCCAUCUCACGAUGUUGUCCACCGUCAUGACGAAGUUUCGAUGACACUUGACAAGAUACGUCGACUAAAAGCAAUAUAUCCGAAUCACAUCACAGUAACAUACUUAUCAGGAAAUCCUGGUUGUGGAAAAAGCGAGCUUGCAAGACAGAUUGGAGAAAAACAUUUCGAUGAAAUUGACAAGGACGAACCGUCCAAAUUCGUGGCUACAUUAAAUGCAUCGAGUCUCGAGAUUUUAACUCAGUCGUACAUAAAACUGGCAUUCCAGCUUCAAUGCAACGACGUGUCCCUGAUCAUGUCAUCAGAAAAGAAUUCUCAAGAACAGAAACUUGCUCAGUUACAAGCGCUCGUAAUUCCAAAGGUUCAGAAAUAUUCCUCAUGGCUGAUUAUUGUUGACAACGUUGAAGAUAUUAAAAUGAUUUCCAAGUUUAUACCGCACUCAGGUCAAAAGCUGCUUCAUCAUGGAAAGGGACAUAUCCUGAUCACUACUCAAGACAUCGAGUCUAUACCAACAAGCGAUUCGCAUGCGCACCAGAUUCAGCUUAAAAAUGCUUCAAGAGUGCCACCUGAGAUAAUUGCACAUGGGCGUGUUGCUGAAAGAAACUAUCAAAAGGCAUUAAAUUAUGGACAAGUGGAAAUCUAUCGAGGAUGCGUGAAAAUAAUUGGCCAAGACAGAGCAGGAAAAACUAGCCUGAUGAGAUCUCUGUGUGGUUUCCCAUUCAAUACCGAAGAAGAAAGCACAGUGGGGGUAGAGGUUUCGCUAUGUACGCCUGUUACUAUGAACAACGUCAAGAGGUGGAUCAAAGUGACUGAUGAGGGCAUAAUAGCCGACGUUGACGUUGCUCGUACGAUGGCCAGAGAUAUCAAAAUGCAGGGCGACUUGACUGGGGAUACAGAGGGUAAUGAUGGUGGAUCCAAUUACUUGCCUCAACAAGUCAGUUCUGAAAACAUACAAGUACCAAAGGAAGUCCAGCAAUCGCCGGAGAGGAAAAUUGAAACCGAGAACCACGAGGCAACCACAAAGAAAAUACUUGAAUCUUCAUCAAAGAAAAGUCUAAAAGUGCCAGAGGGAGUUAAGAUGUCACUGAUCAAGUAUUUACAGGAAAAGAAAAUAGAUGAAACUAUAAAAGAUAAGGAAGUCGCAAUAAGUAUUUGGGAUUUUGCUGGCCAACACUUGUACUACGCAUCUCAUCCAGUUUUCAUGUCCCAUCGAGCAAUCUAUAUCUUGGUUUAUAACCUUGGAAAAGAUUUGGACGACAAGGCAGAACAUCGUGCUCGUCAGGGAACAAGGGAAAUUGUACUAGAUAAUGCAAGUAAUGAGACCAAUCUGGACAACCUUUUGUCGUGGUUAGUAUCUGUACACUGCCUUUGCCAGCCCCAUACUGACAGUGGGGUUGAAACGGAAGAUUACAUUUGUCCACCGGUAAUCAUUGUUGGUACCCAUGCUGAUGAGUUACCUGGAAGCGAGGAUGAAAAAAAGAGACUCAUACAAACCAAGCAGCGAAAAAUAGAGAGCGCAAUUGAAAAGUGCGAGUUUCAGAACCACGUGCUGAGGCCAUUCUUUGUUGUUGACAACAGUAAGUCGGAUGAUGAUGGGAUUAAGAGUCUCCACUUGAAAAUCAACGAAGUACUUGACAUGGAGCCUUACUUUCCAGAAUCAGUACCCAUUCGUUGGUUUCAUUUCGAGAAGGCUUUGCAAUCACUUGUACAAGAGAAGAAGACAUCAUUUCUGUCAUUAAAGGAACUUUCAGAGAUCGCUGAGCAGGUUUGCUCUAUUGAUCAGACGGAGAUCGCCGCCAUGUUAAACUUCUAUCACGAUCUUGGCAAAAUUAUCAAGUAUGGUGGCACAGUUGUACUCGACGCUAAGUGGUUGAUUAACCUGUUCAAAAGUCUUAUUACUAUUGAACCUGAUGAAGUGAAAGCCAAGCAUCGAAAGCUCUGGAGAGAGCUAGCAGAAACUGGAAGAUUGCAUACGAACCUGAUCAAUCACGUCUUUCAAGAACAAUUGAAAUACGCACCUUCGGAAACUAAGAACGACGCAAAAAAAGACAUCCUUCACAUGAUGGAAUAUUUUGGAUUGAUUGCCCAAAUAAUCCCAAGUGAUCAGAAGGACGGCUAUUGUCAUUUGGUUCCCUCACACCUGACUUCAUCACCCGAGGAAGAAUUAAAAAAGUGCCAGCCAUCCUCAGACGAACCCUGUCCGUUGUAUAUCCGCUUUGAGGACGGAUUCAUCCCACACGGUUUAUAUUUCCAGCUGAUUUGCCAAUGGUGCUCCUUAUAUGGAUCUCAGAAGCGACCGAAUCUGUUUCCGAUAGAGCCUAAGUUGUUUCGUAAUGCUGCCAAGUUUGUUUUGGAUAACAAUUCCAAAGUCAUCAUGACAGUAGUAUGCUGUAAGAGCAACAUUAAGGUAUGCCUGCAUUCAAAUCGCGAGGACAAAACUGGCGUCGAUUUCAAGGCAGUUGAGAUAAGAAACUUAAUCGAGGAAAGCUUGGACAGCUUAACAGAAAAGUGUCCUUGGUACCAAGGCCUACAGUAUGACCUAUGCAUAAGAUGUCCAUUGUGUGCAGUGAACGCUACUGAUAAAGCAGAAGGACACCCUUUUAGAGACGACAACUGCCUGCAUCCAGCCACUGACGGUAAAGAAUUUUGUUGCAAAGAGAAAUUAGAAUGGCCAGAGGUGUCGGGACUGCAUCAUUGGUUUUCCAGACAAACCAUCGAGCCCUCGGAUCUUCAAAGCGUAAGAGGAGAUAUGCGUGUCUCAAAUGGUUUAUGUGUGGUCAUCAACAUUGCAAAGUUUGACCAGAGAUUGCAAAAAGAGUUACGAGAUCGGAUUGGCUCAGAGUACGACGAAAAAGCAAUGGUUGAAUUGUUUGGCGACCACUUUGGUUUCGAAGUUGUGAACCUCGGUAACAAAAUCGGAGCAAAGGAAGUUAAAAAAGAGCUUCGGAACAUUUCUUUUGACAAGAAGUAUGAAGACAAGGAUUGCUUUGUUCUCUGCAUAAUGAGCCAUGGAAAUGAGGGUGUUUUCUAUACAUCUGAGGGUCAAACAAUUGAAUACAAGGAAAUUGUCUCCUACUUCGAAAACGACAUGUGCAAGAGCUUCCGCGGGAAACCCAAGCUGUUUAUCAUUCAAGCAUGUCGAGGCAGUGGUGUGGACCGUGGAAUUGCUGUUACUGAUUCCCCGGCUGACUCAAAAGAAAACCAAGAAAGCCAGAAGAGUCGUGCAAUUCAUCAAAAAUCAUCAGAGAGAGAGCGUGUUAUUCCUUGCAAGGCUGAUGUUCUUCAAGCUUUUUGUUGUAGCGAAGGCUACAUAUCGUGCCGUGAUCAGAGCACAGGAAGUUACUAUAUUCAGAGUUUAGUUAGGAUUUUUCGUAGAUAUGCCGCAUCCAAAGACGUACUGUGGAUGCUUACGAAGGUCAAUAAAGAUGUUGGCUGCAAACAAAUGAAGUUAACGGACGAACCACGUGUAAAGCAGGCUCCAUGGCAUGAAAGCUCAUUACGAGAGACAGUGUAUUUUUGUACGAAGUAAACUGCAAUUCCUUAGUACAAACUCAGUCUGUAAAACUGAAGUAGAGAUAGAGAUAGAGAUAGAGAAAUGUGUAGCCGACUUUCCAGGUUUUGCAGACCAAUGAUCUGAAUUACAUCUGGAUUACAUUGUGAGGGACUUGGUCAGACUGCUAUUGAAGGCGCUUUAAGCAGCCGUGCAGUUUACAAUCAUGAGGAAGUUAGAAUUUGUGAGUGCGUUAGUGUGUUAGUGCCCUCAAGGUUAUGCGGCCGAAGUACAGACACUGAGGAUGGCCGUACCUGCGUCCUCAGUAAUUCUGUAACGUCCACUACAGGGUUAGAGUAGAGUAGAUGGGAUCUCCGAUUUAACGUCGUUAUCCGAGAGGACGUGAAGAUCUUACCAUUUGUAGAUGGAGAAACAAAGGCAGCAACUUCUACUCAAUUAUUUCAAGUAGAACAUAGUAGAAAUCAAAUAAAACAAUGUAAAUAACUUCGCUUGCAUUCUAAAGUUUUCGAAGAGAAAUAGCUUUUUGAAUUUAAUAAUAUCUUAGAAUAAAGAAAAUAUAUAACCAUUUCCUGACAUCUAAUCUUUUAUCAUCAUUAUCGUUAGACUUGCUGUCUAAUCCUCCAAGAUCAUCUUUAGGAAAGGAUAGGUACAAUCGUUGACAACUGAAAUCCUUGGACCAUUCCAGCGACUUUCUCACACCCGAUUAAGACAAUUUCAUCGGCCCUUACCCCCUAAAUGCAAUGUUGCCAUUGAGCAUAUUUUCAUAGUACACAACCAUCUAAAACAAGACCCAACAUUGGUGAAAGGGGGAAACUGUGAAAAAAUAAAGGAGAACUACGUUAGGCUGGAGAUGAAUAAUUAUAUGGUCCAAGGCAACGAUUGUAGUUUCACUAGUUCAUGAUUAAUUAGUCCGACUGAAUCAAUUAGCGUUUACAAAAGACGAUACAAUGAACUAUGCUGGAAAAACGUAGACAUGAUGCUUAUGUAGCUUAUGUAUUAAAGGUACAUGGUCCACUAGCAUGCAAUGCGGUCGUGUUUUAGAUUUUUGUGACGAAGGCCUAUUUUUCAUAUAUGGAAAAUGAGGUGACUUCAAAUAUCCAUUCGCAAUCCGUUUCCAUCCAUCGGAUUAAAGGCCGAAUCUUAAGCAUCUCCAUUCCUAUAGUAUAAAGAAAUAAUAAAGAGUAAGUGUUUUCUUAUAUUACGAUGUAUUUCUAUUUUCAAAAAUAAACAAAGGCUCGAAAGGGAUGCCGGUGGACCAUUACUUUAAGUUUUUGGUAAGUAUCAAAGAUAUCGACCCUUUGUACACCACCUAGUAAUUCGAAACGUCCAGUUUGAGCGGGCAACAGCAUAACAUCGUAAAUUCAACAAGCUAUUCUUGUUUAGAUAUGAUGUAAUAGUCAAUAAAGCUCUGAGAGGACCGAUA